AUGAAGAGCCCAGGCAGUAUCAAGGAUGUCCAAAGGUUGGCAGGAUGGCUGGCCUCAUUAUCACGGUUUCUCGGAGCAUCGGCAACAAAGGCCUUACCGUUCUUUAACCUCAUGAAGAAAGGAAUAGCGUUCGAGUGGACGCCCGCAUGCGAGGAAGCCUUUCGGCACUUUAAGGAAAUCCUGGCAGCACCCCCGGUCCUCGGGAAGCCAAAGGACGGGGAGCCAUUAUACCUGUACCUCGCCAUAACAGGAGAAGCCCUGGCCGCAGUUUUGGUACGAGAAGAAGGGAGGGUGCAACAACCAGUCUAUUUUGUAAGCAGAGCCCUACAAGGGGCAGAGUUGAGAUAUAACAAAUUGGAAAAGCUAGCUCUGGCACUGCUGACCUCCUCGCGGAGGUUAAAGCAAUACUUCCAAAGUCACCAGAUUGUCGUAAGAACGGACCAGGGGAUCCGGCAAGUGCUCCAAAAACCCGAUUUGGCGGGAAGAAUGAUGACCUGGUCCAUUGAACUUUCCCAAUACGACAUACGAUACGAACUCCGGCAAGCCAUCAAAGCGCAGGCGAUGGCAGAUUUUCUAGUAGAAGUAGUGGGGGACCCGGUCGAAGACACGAACACACGGUGGAAGCUCCACGUAGACGGAGCCUCCAACCAGACAUUCGGGGGAGCCGGGAUCAUCCUGGAAAGCCCGGCUGAAGUCGUGUAUGAACAGUCAAUUAAGUUCGAAUUCCCCAUUUCAAAUAACCAAGCAGAGUAUGAAGCCCUUAUAGGAGGCUUAACCUUAGCAGCAGAAGUCGGGGCAACGAGGUUGGAGAUAUGCAGCGAUUCGCAAAUCGUUACCUCCCAAGUGAACGGGAGCUACCAAGCCAAGGACUCGCUGUUACAGAAAUACUUGGAAAAAGUCAAGGACUUGAGCCGAAAGUUUGAAGAAAUCACGAUCCAGCACAUUCCGAGAGAAAGGAACACACGGGCAGACCUCUUGUCAAAAUUAGCUAGCACCAAACCGGGAGAGGGCAACCGAUCUCUAAUCCAAGGAAAGAUGAAGGAGCCGGCAGUCACACUACACCUCUCGAAGCUAAACCCCUCCUGGUUGGAUCCCAUUAUCAACUUCUUAGAAAACGGCAAGCUCCCUGACAACGAAAAAGAUGCCAAAAAGCUAAGAAGGGAAGCCGCCAGAUAUGCCAUCAUCCAGGGUCAGCUGUUCAGGAAAGGAUUCAAUCAUCCCCUACUGAAGUGUUUGCACCCCGACCAGAUGGAUUACGUCCUAAGGGAAGUCCAUGAAGGAUGUUGCGGCCACCAUAUAGGAGGCAAAGCCCUAGCGAGGAAGUUAAUCCGAGCCGGAUAUUAUUGGCCAUCGAUGAUGGCUGACUCCAAGGAAUUUGUUAGGAAGUGUGUCAAGUGCCAAGAAAACGCCAACUUCCAUCAAGUCGUCAUCUCGGACAACGGGACACAGUUCACCGACAAGAAAUUCACAGAAUUCCUCACCGGCCUGGGCAUAAAGCAGAGAUUCUCCUCGGUGGAACAUCCACAAACAAACGGGCAGGUCGAGUCCGCAAAUAAGAUCAUCCUGCUAGGUCUCAAGAAGCGGCUGGAUAACAAGAAGGGCGCUUGGGCCGACGAGCUCGCCUCGGUUCUCUGGUCCUACCGAACAACCGAGCAAUCCUCCACUAAAGAGACCCCCUUUCGACUAACGUACGGGUCAGAUGCAGUGAUACCCGUAGAGAUCGGGGAGCCGAGCCCACGAUUACUCCUGAAGGGAGUAGAGGAAACUGUCGAGAAGGACCUGUUAGACGAAACCAGGGAAAUGGCCCAUCUGGCUGAAGCGGCGCUAAAACAAAGAAUGGCCUUACGUUACAAUGCCAAAGCGCUCAAAAGAGGGUUCGAAGAAAAUGAUCUCGUCCUGAGGCGUAACGACAUCGGCCCAUCUACCCCGGGAGAAGGCAAACUAGCAGCGAACUGGGAAGGACCAUACCGAAUCAAAGAGGUAAUCGGUAGGGGAGCAUACAAGCUAGAAAGACUCAACAGCAAAGAGGUCCCGAGGACAUGGAACGCAGAUAACUUAAGAAGGUUUUAUUCCUAA